GCCCUAGAAGUAAAUUUUGUCCUGUGACUGCCCAAAGUUGAGGCGUAUGGCAAACAAACAAAAACUUUAAGGUUCUGAAAACAAGGUGUUCUAUUGUGCAACCUCUCAAAUGGUGUCUUUUGGUUUAGAGCAAGUGUAGGUAGUCGAUUAAUCAGGUGCACAUUAUGCCGAACACAAUUACUCCAAAAAGAUAACGGUGAACCUGCUUGAUACUUAAGUGCCCUAGCCACUGACAAUAUAUGCUGGUGCUUUCUCUCAACUUGACUGUUUUGUUGAGGUGUCUCAACACGACUAGUCUCAUGGGCAAUCCCAUGUUCAGCAAAGAAUCCCAUCAUUUUGAAUUCUUGUGCACUAUCACUUCGGACUAUUUGCAGUUUUCUAUUAAACUGAGUUUCAGCAUAACCCAAAAAGCUCUUGAUAUGAUCUCUUGCCUCUGAUUUUGAGCGUAAGAGCAUUAACCAUGUGACUCUAGAAUAAUCAUCAACUAUGGUAAGAAAGUGGAGAUAUCCAUCAUAAGAGGGGACAAUGUUUGGUCCCCAAAUAUCAACAUGUAAUAGCUCAAAAGAUGCAGUGGCCAUAGAAGUUCUUACGGGAAAGGGCAACUUUCUUUGUUUUGCAAAGUGACACAUGGAGCAAGUUUGAUUUGGUCUGCUAGAAAUAGAGGAAUCCAACUGUGGGAAAGCAUUAAUUCUGGAAUGUGAUAGAUGACCCAAUCUGUAAUGACUUUAAGUCAAAAUUUGUAGGUACAUGAGUAGUGCUACUCAUUGCUUUAGGAGAUUGAUCUGCUGACUUUGAAGAUGCUUUUGUGAUGUGAUACAUGCCACCUUUCAACUCAGCCAUACCAAUCUUACUCCCAGUAACAAGAUCCUGCAAAUGGCAGAAGAUAGAGAAGAAAGAAAGACAUACAGGCAUGGUCCCAGUUAGUCUACUAACAGAGGCGAGAUUGAAGGUAAAAGAAGGUAUGUACAAAGCAUCAUAUAGAAUGAGGUCAUUAGUGACCCUCACAUUCCCUUUGUGAGUAGCUGGAACUUGAACUCCAGUAGGUAGAGUCACAAACACACCAUAUAUAACUUCAGAAUCUUCAAACCAUUGUAAAUUACUAAAUUGCAUGUCAUGUGAUCAGUGGCUCCCGUAUCCAAUAACCAAAUCAACUUAUUGCAACUAGGCAUACCAUCAUUAAGUAGAUUCUGAGUGCUUAUGCCUGAAGAAGUGGUGAUAUUACUUGUGAAGGUAGCUGCUGAAUAGGGAACAUGUUGAUUGGUAUGUCCUGUGAAAGAUGGUUGGAUAUGAGAUUCAUUUGUGAUUGCUUGAGGUGUCUCCCUUCCCUUGAAGUACUGCUGCCCAUUAAACCUCUUGGAUCUGUAAAAGAGGCAUCUAGAAUUGUUUCUACUGUUUGAGUUGCUCGACUGGCGUGUGUGUUUAGAUCUUCUUCCUUAGUAGUCUAGUAGAGGAUGUUAACAUGGCUGAACAGAAAAGAGAAAGGGAAGAAUAUCUAUAAAGGUAGGAAGAAAAAAAGAAAAGGAUCUAAGAAUAGAUGAGAGCUAUGGAAUCAUGAAGCUAUGAUACCAUAAUACUGAUAUUGUGAAGCUAGUGGUGUUAACCCACAUUGCUUGAUUUAUAUAUAUGCAGGAAGGAGAAAGACCAAAGAUACAUCAUUAUGUUGUCCUUUCCUACAUCAAAAGGGAAAAGGAAUAGGAGGAAAAAGAGUGGACUUCGGUUGUCCAAAUAAGGGCCCAACAGAAACAAAUAGAAGAUGAGAAAGUGAGUGGGCCAAAGCCUGGCAAAGAGUUCCAUCGUAUUCUUCGUCAAUUGGCAGUUCGCCGGCGACAUCGAGGUAGAGAAGUUCUUCUUCUCUGAUAGCAAGUUUGGAACACAAUUCUAGCUUAUCUACCGAGCUCGCAGGAAGCCUUGAAAGAGGAUAUCAAUUAAGGUACCAAGCUCCCUCAAAUUCUCCUCUGCAGUUCAAGGUUAAGAACUUGACAAAAGUGGGAGCAUUUCAACUUCAACUUGGACUAUCAAUAUCCUCAUGCGAACUGAAUUUGGGGUCUCAUGUGGGAAAAUGGGAAGCCCAAUGGAAAUUUCGUAAGAAGCUGCCUUUAAUCAAUUAUGGAAGCAAAGAAUGAAGGAACUCUUCUCCUUUGGACUCACUGGAGAGAGCGGGCGCUGCAUUUUCGGUCAAAGAACAUAUAAUUUUUCCACUGCAGUUUCUUCUACAAAGGAGUGUAAGGCCGAUGGUGCUUGAGCAAGCAAACGGGAAGGGUCAGGGAAUGCAUUUAGCGGUGGAAGGCUUGAUGAUGAUGAAGAUGAUCAAUACCGUGGGAGAGUAUCAAGGUCAGUUGGUAAGACCUCUCUCAGGUUCGACUCAUUGUUUUGAUGGUCGCAUGGCUCAUACCAAGGGGAUUUCGGAUGGUGGGCAACCAUUAUGGUUUGAUCCUGCAAGCGACGAUGACAACAUUUCGGUGGAAUUCGAUAACUGAGUCGGAAUAUUUAUUCUGGUGGUUGACAUCAACCCAACUACAAGAGUGAUGAGACAAAUAAAAGGCUGCUCGACCAUACGAACUUAUCUUGGUUCAGCAGUCUAGACGUUAGUGAGCUUUCUAUUUUAACUAGUGAACUUUCUCCUGGGUGAGGCGUGACGCUCAAGUAGGAGGUGAAGUGCUUCGGGGGAUGGGGAGAGAUUUGAGUCAUCAUCGCGAUAAACAAAACGAGGACCUCUUUCACCCUUGUGCAUUGGGCAGGGAGCACUCUUGUGACAGAGGAGGAAUGCACGAGAAGUGGAUUGUGGCAGGUGGGGAUCGGUGGUUUAUGCUCCAUGCAUGAGAAACUAUGUUUGGAAGGUAGGCAUUGUAAACCUUGUUAUUCCAUGCAAGGCACGCUAGGUAGAAGAAAGGUGCAGGCAAUUUGGUACUGGAAGGGAAGCGAUCACCAUUCACCAUUCAAGGUUCAACGACGUGGGAGCUACGUGUGUGCUAUGCAAGGUUGAUACUUUCUACUUAGACAAGUGUGAAGGCUUGGUAGAAGCAACUCUCGUUGGAAAUGCUUCUGCUAUGAGUCUUGUUCGAGUGCUUGAACGUGAUUGGAAGAAGAGAAAGUGCAAGCCAAUCUUGAACCAACGCCGCGUCAAAGGAACGGGAAGGUAGAGCCGUAGAGGAGCUUACUAUGACCUUGGGGACAAGGUCGCUCUCGAGCGGGGUGUACUGUUGAGGGUACGAUUAGUGUUUAAGAGGUAGUUUAGCAUUCAGUUAUGUUAGGUUGAUUAGAAUUUCGAGUCAGACUCUAUAUAAUGUACUUUAUCAUUCAAUAAUAAAAAAAAAGAAUAGUUCAACGUAUCUUCCCAACUCUAAUUUUCUCUUUUUUCUAAGUUGGCCGUUGUCACUUCUUGCUUUUCUUCCCCAAAUCCUCGUUCCAUUCAAACCCUAUUUAUGUUCUUAAUCGCAUCCUGUCACGAUAAUCCCAGGCUCCUUGGCCCAUGGAUGAUCUCUUCUUAUCAUAUGAAAGCAUCAUGACUAGGUCUCCUCCAGCGGCAGUUGGACCCGAUACUGGGCCCCCGUUGGUUUCUUCUUCAGCUUGAGUCGAGUCUUCUUCUGCUGGACUUCUCUUGGGUUCAUAUAGUUGUUUCUAGUAGGCUUCUCCAUGAUUGGACCUCGUAUUCGUCAUGAAAGCUCCAUGUUCUUCUCUUUAUAGCUCAUUUGAUCCUUCUGAGUUCUCCAAUGCUUGAUCCAAGUUUCCUUAGGCAGCUUUCUACCUUGAAAUCCAUAAAAAAAAACAUACAAAGAAGUCAUCAAAGAGUACAAAAAGCAUUUCCUAGGUCUAUUAAAGUCUUAUUGACCAA